AUGUCACUCAUUUUCAAGAGAGCACUGGCUACAGCAAAGAGCGUGGUUCCACCUGUGAAAACAGUAGACGUUUUGAUUAUUGGUGGUGGUCCAGCUGGUCUUACAUUAGGAGCAUCUUUAAAAAAUUCAUCAAUAACUAAAGAUUUAAAAAUUGAAUUGGUUGAAGGUUUUAAUUUAGAUCCUGUUAAGAAAUUUUAUGAUGAAACUCCUGAACAUUUCACAAAUAGAGUUGUUAGUUUAACACCACAAACUAUUAAUUUUUUGGAAAAGACUGGUAGUUGGAAAUUUAUUAAACAAGAUAGAAUUCAACCAUAUGAUUCAAUUGUUGUUACUGAAGGGUUAAGUGAUGCAAAAAUUGAAUUUGAUCAUCAUUCAAUGGCCACCAUGGUGGAGAAUGUAAAUAUUCAAUCAUCAUUAUAUCAAAGAAUAAAAGAAUUAGAACAAGAAAGUGAACUUAAAAGUGAAGAUUUUGGAUUAAAUUUAAGAGAUAAUACUCGUGUUGAACAAAUAACUAAAGAUGAAACAAAUCAAUGGCCUGUGGUACAUUUAUCAACAGGUGAACAAAUCAAAACAAGAUUAUUAGUUGGUGCUGAUGGUUUCAAUUCUCCAGUAAGAAAAUUUUCAGGUAUUGAAUCAAGAGGUUGGUUUUAUAAUAGAUUUGGUGUUGUUGCUACAUUAAAAUUAGAAUUCCCAGUUUUUAAAUACGCAGGAUGGCAAAGAUUUUUACCAACAGGUCCAAUUGCUCUUUUACCUUUACCAGAUGAUAAUGCAACUUUAGUUUGGUCACAAACUGUGGAAAAUUCUGAAAUGUUAACCAAGAUUGAUAGUGAGAUUUUCAUUAAUUUAAUUAAUGCAGCGUUUGUAUUGGAAGAUGUUGAUAUGCAGUUUUAUUAUAAACAACUUAAUAAAGGAGAAACUGAAGGAUUAAUUGAAGAUAUUCAAUGGAGAAUAAAUCAUGCAACUCAAAAAUAUUCAGAUGAACAAUUAGAAGAAAAUUUCCCACUAAAAGUUGUUUCUAUUGAAGAAAAUUCUCGUGCUAGAUUCCCCCUCAAGUUAUCACAUGCUGAUUCUUAUGUUUCAGAAAGAAUUGCCCUAGUUGGUGAUGCUGCACAUACUACACAUCCAUUAGCAGGUCAAGGUCUUAACAUGGGUCAAAUGGAUGUUCAAUCCUUAGUUGGGGCUAUUGAAAAAGGUAUGCAAAGAGGAUUGGAUAUUGGGAAUCCAUUAGUAUUAGAGCCUUAUUGGGCUGAUCGUUAUCCAGAAAAUCAUUUGCUUUUGGGUGUUGUUGAUAAAUUACACAAGUUAUAUUCAAUUAGAUCUGAGCCAAUUGUGGCAUUAAGAAGUUUUGGAUUGAAAGCUGUUAAUUCCAUGUCGCUUUUAAAAGAUUUCAUGAUUGGUAAAGUAUCUGGUAAAUAG